CAAAUCAUAAUUUGGCAGUCUCUUGUCAUAUUACUGAUUGAGGUGGUUGUGUGAUCAAGACACAAGGUGUAGCACUUGGUGUGACUGUGUUUUGGCUGUGUUCACCCAUCACGUUUUACAUCAUAAAUGAUUGUGGUCCAUGAAAAUGUUGGUUCUAAGAGGUAAAUUAAGUGGUUAAUGUUUGGUUUGGUUUGGUUAAUGUUUGUAGUCAUUGCUUACUGCUGACUUUACAUAAUCUCUCUGUAUUAUGGUAUAUUAUAUGGUGCUCUGUUACAUUAACAUGAUGCUAUUUGAUGAGAGCAGUUGAGCUGAUCUAGCUGUGUGUGUGUGUGAGAGAGAGAGAGUUUGUUGUUGAAGAAUUGGUUGUCAUUAGAUUCCUUCCAGGAAUGUGUUUUGUGGCCAGUUCUGAGAGUUGGAGAUUGAACAGCAAUAAAGAUUGUUUUCAUACUGUGUCCAUGCAGAUGUUGAACAGCAGUGAUUGUAAAAGUGACACCAAAGCUUUUCAAAAUCCUGUGUCCAGAAAAGUGAACCCUCCUGUGAAACAGACGGAGCCGAAUGUCAGGAACAAGAUCCUCUACCUGAUCCAGGCGUGGGCCCACGCCUUCCGCAACGAGCCAAAGUACAAGGUGGUCCAGGACACCUACCAGAUAAUGAAAGUGGAGGGACAUGUGUUCCCUGAGUUCAAGGAGAGCGAUGCCAUGUUUGCGGCUGAGAGGGCCCCGGACUGGGUGGAUGCAGAGGAGUGCCAUCGCUGCAGAGUUCAGUUCGGAGUAAUGACGCGCAAGCACCACUGCAGAGCCUGUGGGCAGAUCUUUUGUGGGAAGUGCUCCUCGAAGUACUCGACAAUCCCCAAGUUUGGCAUUGAGAAGGAAGUGAGAGUGUGUGAGCCCUGCUUCGAGCAGCUCAACAACAGCCACCCCUCCCUCUCUCCCCCUCCUAGGAAGUCCGAGGGCAAGGCACCCAGCGUCGCGCCGUCCGAGCUUCCGCCCGAGUACCUGACUAGCCCUCUCUCCCAGCAGUCCCAGGUCUGGGAUGCGACGGCUCCGCCACCACAGAUGCCCCCGAAGCGCGACGAGGCGGCCCUGCAGGAGGAGGAGGAGCUGCAGCUCGCCAUCGCCCUGUCUCAGAGUGAGGCCGAGGAGAAGGAGCGCAUGAGGCAUAAGGGCUCCUAUGGGGUGUACCCGAAAGCUGAGCCGACCCCCGUGACCUCGUCUGCCCCUCCUGUCAGCACCCUCUACUCCUCUCCAGUGAACUCCUCUGCCCCUUCAGCUGAAGAUGUGGAUCCUGAGCUGGCCCGAUACCUCAACCGGACCUACUGGGAGAAGAAACAGGAAGAGGUGCGCAAAAGCCCCACCCCCUCUGCUCCAGCUCCUGUGCCAUUGGCUGAAGCUCCUAUGCCAAUCAGCCAGCCCGUGGAGACCCACACACCUGUUGUUCAGCCAGUCAACAUUGUGGAGCAGCAGUACCAGAACGGUGAGUCAGAGGAGAACCAUGAGCAGUUCCUCAAGGCACUGCAGAACUCUGUCACCACCUUCUUGAACCGCAUGAAGAGCAACCACAUGCGCGGACGCAGCAUCACCAACGACAGCGCUGUCCUCUCCCUCUUCCAGUCCAUCAACAACAUGCACCCGCAGCUGCUGGACAUCCUCAACCAGCUGGACGAGAAGAGACUAUACUACGAGGGUCUGCAGGACAAGCUGGCCCAGGUGAGAGAUGCGCGCGCGGCCCUGAACGCGCUGCGGGACGAGCACCGGGAGAAGCUGCGACGUGCUGCCGAGGAGGCCGAGAGGCAGAGACAGAUCCAGCUGGCCCAGAAACUAGACGUCAUGAGGCAGAAGAAACAGGAGUACCUGGAGAUGCAGCGUCAGCUGGCCAUCCAGAGGCUGCAGGAGCAGGAGAAGGAGCGGCAGAUGCGCCUGGAGCAGCAGAAGCACACCAUCCAGAUGAGGGCGCAGAUGCCUGCCUUCUCACUGCCUUACGCACAGAUGCAGUCACUUCCCCCUAACGUGGCAGGAGGGGUGGUGUACCAACCUGCCGGCCCCCCCAGUUACCCCGGCACCUUCAGCCCCGCUGGCUCCGUGGAGGGCUCCCCCAUGCACAACGUCUACAUGGGCCAGCCCGGACAGACUGGAGGCCCCUACCAGGCCAUGCCCCCGACAGAUCCAAACAUGGUGAAUGCCUACAUGUACCAGAAUGCAGGCAACAACGCCCAAGCGCCACCCCCAGGGCAGGCUCCACCCACCACAACCCCUGCCUACUCCAGCUACCAGCCCACCCCGACACAGGGCUACCAGAACGUGGCGUCUCAGGCCCAGUCUGUUCCUCCCAUGUCUCAAGCUGGGCCCACUAACGGCAUCGCCUACAUGGGCUACCAGCCCUACAACAUGCAGAACAUGAUGACCGCUCUGCCAGGACAGGACCCUAACAUGCCCCCACAGCAACCUUACAUGCCUGGACAGCAGCCCAUGUAUCAGCAGAUGGCGCCCCCUGGUGGUCAACAGCAGCAGGCGCAACAGCAGCCUGUUCAGGGCCCCCCAGGCAGUGCAGAGGCUCAACUCAUCUCCUUUGACUGAUACCGGCCCCCACUCAUCCUGCAGCCUGUGGGGUCCAACACACUACACCCUCCAACUCCUCCUUCCUCUUCUCCUUUCCCUAAACCCCUGGUUUCACCCACACCUUUCUCCCAAACACGUAUAACCCUACCCAAAGCCGUGCACCACCCCAAAGUCCACUCCCUCCCUCCCUCCCUCUUAAGAUGAAGUAGGAGCUGGGAAGAAUGGAAAGUCAUGAGAGGGAAGACCUGCACCUCCAUUCUCUGCCAACUCUCUCUCUCUCUCCUCCUCUGUCUGUCCUCACCUAUGUGCGUAGUCUCGUCCUUAUCCGGUGGAUUGCAGAAGCUCAGAUGUAGUAAUUGGUGUAGAAUUUAAAACAAGUAAGAAACAACAUCAACAACAACAAGAAAAAGACACAACCAUCUUUUUGUCUCAUUUUUCUAUAGCAGAUUUGCAUGUGUUAAGUGAUUCUUUUAAGAUGCGAAAGUGUGUGUAUGUGCUUGGGAGAGAGAGAUGUGUGUGUGUGUGUGUGUGUGUGUGUGUGUGUGUGUGUGUGUGUGUGUGUGUGUGUGUGUGUGUGUGUGUGUGUGUGUGUGUGUGUAGGUGCGUGCAUGGUGGUAUGUGAUGGCCCUUCUCCCCUCCUUAUAGUGCAUUGUUCACUGAUGUGAUCUGUUUCAAAAUGCUGGUUUAGGGUCUAUAUUGCCAUGAAGGAUGGAUAAGGUGAACGCUUGCCAGGUUAAACCACCCUCAACACUCUCGAUUGACAGCGACACGGAUAGAACCCUCUUAUCAGGGCCUCCGUGUUUCCAAGAUGGAGCCCGUUCUCUGUCUCAGUUCCAUGCAAAUCGACAUUCCAGUGUUUUUUGUCAUUCACUAACAAAUCUGCUAUACAGGACCAUCCACUCACUUGACUGUCCAACUUGCUCAUUCAAACCUUCAUACGUGCUUGUAGAGAUGGGAGAUGAUAGGUGUGGUGUGGAGGGAGAAUGAAAGGGGUUUCAGAUGAGCACAGUAGGUGUGAAAAUAUUUACACUGUCUACACAGAUGAAUAGCACGAUAGUCAAAUGUGGAGUGGGGUACAGCUGCCAUUUUAUCACCUCGUUUGUUCUGAGCUAUCUUUGCAAAGAAUCCCGGUCCAUGACGUACUGCAUACAGGCGGUCGCUCUUCAUCUUUAGUGAAUAAUGUUGGUCAGGGGGGGAAUCAUUGAUCAUUAGUGACCACAGUGCAACUUGCGGGCAUCAGGUCAAUUGCACACACACUAAAAUCCCGUUUAAUCAGUAAGAGAGUUGUUGCUGGGAACGCGAGUUGGUAGUUUUUAAAAUGGAUGUGAGGACGAAGGUGUGAACGUGUGACGAAAUCUUUUCAUUGUGCAUUGCUUUGUCUGCGAACGUGUGUGUGAGUGUGUGUUAGUUUUGGUGAGACUGCAGUGCUGUAGAAUGGUUCUAUAUUGCGCAUGUUUGUAACAUACACCAACCAGUGACUUCUGUAACCCUUUAACGGCAUUUGUGAACACUCUUCUAUCAAACUGAUCUGUCUGACUUCAAGAAUUAAUUGUAAGAUUAUAUUUAAUAAAUAUCUGGUUCUUUUAUUGUCCACA